CUCGUAUGUGUGUGUAUUCACUUGUGUGCCCCGGGGCCCCUUCCAUGUUACCGCUGUUUUUCGAUUCAAGGCCCUCAGGCGCUCCUCGCCUGGGAGCAGCCCCGCGCUAUCCACAUCAUUCACUCUUUACGACUCAUACCGAAACAUUCUCAGAUUCUCACAUUGUGUUGGAAUGGCGGUGAUCAUGGAGGCCGCGGCAAGCUUCGUCGACCUCGCGGGCCUGGCGGCAGCACCCGCCGCGUUGUGUGCACUGGUCGUGCUGUAUUUGGCAUUCAGCGCGCGCAGGUGAUCCCAGGCGCCGGGCAAGGAUCGGAAACUGGAGCUGGUGGGCACAGACACCUCCUCGUCACUUCCAGAGCCAACGGAUGCGGACCUGGGCCUCGAGUUCGAGGCGUUUCAGGCCAGCGUGGAGCGGGAGUGCGACCUGGUGCUCUCCAGGUUGUGCGAUGAUGCGAUCGACGACCAAAUGUUUGGGGGCCUCGCGGAGGACUUUGCGGAGCCCGCCCUUCUCGACAAACAAGGCUGUUGCGCGGGCGUCGACAUCGCCCUGGCUGGGGAUCAACCUACCCUCCACGAUGGUGACCCACGGUCCCGUCUAAAUGGUUUCCAGGAAAGCAAGGACGACUCCAUGGCCUUUCGAGCAGAGAUCGAGCGGCAUUGCGACAUGGCGCUCGAAGGCAUGCUCGACCUUGCCGUUGAAAGCCAGUAUCGCGACGCAGUACUCAAGAGGCUCAUGGAUGAGAAUGGAGGCCUAGGCGAAUGGGAUGACGACACGUUGGAAGGAUCUUUUGACUUGGACGAGACUGGUGCUGCGCUCGAGAGACAGGCCGAAGAGGUCCAUGCAGAGCAUGGGCGCGCCCUGUGUGCGGACGGCGCGUUCGAUGCAGCCUUCCAGGAGUACCACGAACACUACCUCGAGCAGCUGUUCUGCGAGCCGGAGACGGUGAGCCAGCCGCUGCGGUGCACAAGCCUGCACGAGAUGAUCGUUCAGCACAUCUACAGAUCUUGCGGUCCGUACCUGCUUUGGGUCAUCUAGAGUGGGAAAGCCGUUGUGCCCAGCCCUCAGGGCAGUCCUCGGCGGAAUUUUCCGGCGCACACUCUGCGGGCGAACUGCUUGCUUGAAGCUAUCUGGCUGCUUGCGGCGACCCCCGCUACUGUGGCCAGGCAUGCGGGGUGGUUCUAGCCAUGUCUGCGAACACCCUCGGUCGAAACACACUUGUGCCGUCUAGGAAGCGGCUUCACGCUGCUGUAGCGCGGCGAAGUCAUAACGAUGAGUGGUCGUUGCGUUGGGGGCA